AUGGAGGUUCAGGACCCUUCUUUACCGCCUUUUUCUAAAUGGAAGUUGCAUAUUGUCUCUGAGAACAACUUCCCAACUGCAGCCGGUUUGGCAUCUUCUGCAGCCGGGUUUGCCGCUUUGGUUAUGGCUGUUGCAAGGUUGUAUCAAUUACCCCAAGAUGAAUCAGAGCUUUCCAAGAUUGCAAGAAAGGGCUCUGGGUCUGCGUGCAGAUCUUUGUAUGGAGGCUAUGUUGCAUGGGAAAUGGGUGAAUUGGAGGAUGGGUCUGACAGUAAAGCCUCCCAAAUAGCAGAUGUGGAUCACUGGCCUGAGAUCAAGGCUGCUAUUUUGGUUGUAAGUGCCGACAAGAAGGAUACACCCUCCACAAGCGGUAUGCAAUUGACGGUCAACAGUUCUGAUUUAUUCCAACAAAGAAUUCAAAAUGUUGUCCCCAAUAGAUACGAAGAAAUGACAAAGGCAAUAAUUGACAAGGACUUUCCAAAGUUUGCUGAAUUAACUAUGAAAGACUCUAAUUCAUUCCACGCUACUUGCUUAGACUCUUUCCCACCCAUUUUCUACAUGAACGACACAUCCAAGAAGAUAGUCAAACUAUGUCAUCUCAUCAAUGAAUAUUACAAAGAAAACAUAGUUGCCUAUACCUUUGACGCUGGCCCGAACGCCGUCCUGUAUUACCUAGCGGAAAAUGAAACAAGGCUGUUUGCUUUUAUUUAUACGGUGUUCCAAAAUAACAACGGCUGGGAAGUCAAAUAUACUAGAAAGCAGUUGGAUGAAUUUUUAGCUAAAUUUAGCACCUGCAUAAAGGAUAAUUUGGCUUGUAAUUUGGAUGAUGAUUUACACAAGUGCGUAACUAGAGUAAUUCUAACCAGUGUUGGACCAGGUCCUCAAUUGACCGAAGAUUCCUUAAUUAAUCCGGAGACAGGUUUACCAAAAUGA